AUGGAGCACCUUGCGGCUUUCGGCGAAACUAAGCCAUUGCGACCCAUGUCCAAGUCUGCAUGCUCGAGUUUGGGGUCUCUCACUCAGGGUGGGGCAGUGAUAGAGGGAGACAAGGUGAAUGGGAAGCCUCUAAAGGAUUGGACAGUCAAGCGAUCUCUUUACCAGGCGCUGCACAUGGCGAUGGCGGAGGAAAUGGAGAGAGACCCUGCAGUUUGUGUCAUUGGAGAAGACGUGGGCCACUACGGUGGUUCUUACAAGGCAACGAAAGACCUGCAUUUCCGUUACGGGAAUUUCAGGUGUCUAGACACCCCGAUCUGCGAGAAUACGUUUCUGGGCAUGGGGAUCGGCGCCGCAAUGCACGGCUUGCGGCCUAUUGUGGAAGGGAUGAACAUGGGAUUUUUACUCCUAGGCUUCAACCAGAUCAGCAACAACGCAGGAAUGGUCAGAGCAACCAGUGGGGGCCAGUUCGACGUUCCUAUGGUGAUUCGAGGGCCGGGGGGAGUUGGAAAGCAACUAGGACCUGAGCAUUCCCAAAGAAUAGAGGCGUAUCUUCUGGCCGUUCCAGGACUGAAGCUGGUGGCUUGCAGCACUCCGCGUAACGCUCGAGGCUUGCUGAAAGCGGCGAUACGCGAGAACAACCCUGUGGUCUUUUUUGAGCACGUCUUGACGUAUGGCAUUACGGACGACAUCCCUUUGCUGCCCUACACGCAGCCCUUAGACAAGGCAGAAGUACCUCUGGAAGGCGGAGAUAUCACCAUCCUCUGCUACAGCAAGCUGAGGCACGUGGCGCUGGAUGCAGCCAAACAGCUCAAGGAGCUCGGCGUACACCCCGAGGUGGUGGACCUCAUCAGCCUGAAACCCCUGGAUAUGGCCACUAUCAAGGCUUCAGUCCGAAAAACCAAAAAGUGCCUCAUUCUAGACGAAUCCAGCCGAACCGGUGGAAUCGGAGCAGAAAUCUUCACGCAAGUAGUUGAGAACUGCUCCGAGGACCUUGCCCUACCGCCAGUCCGUCUGGCCACAAAAGACAUCCCCACGCCGUAUGCAAGGGAUCUGGAGGAAGCAACCAUCAUCACCAAGGAGGACGUUGUAAAUGCUGCUCUCUGGAUGCAUAGUGCACCCAAGAAUUAG